AUGGAAACUGAAGCGUUCAGCAUGUUCCUCAUGAACACCACCAGUCUUGGAGACGAUGAUGUCGGACCCUUUCAUGGGCAUGCCUUGACCUCCUUUGACGAUCUACUUUUACCAGUGGGCUUCGACGUUCCCACCUCGAUUUUGGAUUUCCUGGGUGAAGAUCCCAUCCCGCUGCUCAACUUGUCACAUGUACUCCUCGCUAGCUCUCGUCCAGCGCGCGCUCGCAAACUGUGUGCUGAGCAAGGAUGCGUCAAGUUUGCUCGCUGUCAUGGGAAGUGUACACAGCAUGGCGGCCGACGGUACUGCGAGACCCCUGAAUGCCACCGAGUGGCUCAGUUUGCCGGUAAAUGCACAACCCACGGCGGGAUCAAGCCCUGCGACGUCCCUGGCUGCCUCAAGUCCAUGCAGUCCAGGGGAAAGUGCAAGACCCAUGGCGGCGGAGUUCGAUGCCAAGCGCGUGACUGCACCAAAGGCUCCAUUUCGAACGGCUUCUGUCGCGGACAUGGAGGGGGAUUGCGAUGUGUCGUGACGGGGUGCACCAAGUGGGCCCAGCGCGAACGGAUGUGCGUGCGCCACCACCACGACUGCAGCGCCGCUGACAACACGACGGCCGGCGGUACUGCAACACCCCUGAAUGCCACCGAGUGGCUCAGUUUUCUGGCAACUGCACAGCCCACGGAAGAACCUAGCCCUGUGACAUCCCUAGCUGCCUCAAGUCCGUGCAGGUCAGGGGAAAGUGCAAGACCCGUGGCGGUGGCGGAGUUCGUUGCCAAGCGCCUGCCAUUACGAAAGCGACGAUUUCGAUCGGCUUUUGCCGACGACAUGGACGGGAUCGCGAUGUGCCCUGACGAGGUGCACCAAGUGGGUCCAGCGCGAAAAAUUGCGCGUGAGCCACCACCACGACUGUAG